AUGGCAACACCAAUCGUAGAUUCCCACAUCCACCUAUUCCCAGCUUCGCAUCUAUCAACUUUAGCCUGGCAUGGCCCCGACAGCCCCCUCGCAUCACAGCACUCCAUCGACGAAUACCGAGCCGCAACAUCAUCCGUCCCAACGGACGCAGCUACAGCUACAAACGAAAAUAAAUACCUGCGCGGUAUCAUCUUCCUAGAAACAGAUCGCAUAUCGUCUAUCGCAGAAGAAUCAACCAACAACUCGAACCCGGGAUGGAAACACGCGCUGGAUGAAGUUUCUCUCCUGACACGAAUCGCACUUGGUGAACCCGUUGACGGCGAGGGCCAUAAAGCCAUUGAUCGUGAUCUAUGUCUUGGUAUAGUGCCGUGGGCACCUGUUCCCGGGGGUCCGACCGUAUUGCAAAGCUAUAUGGACAAGGUGCAACAGCGAACGAAAACAGAUGAAGUCUGGCACAAGGUGCGAGGAGUUCGAUACCUUGUCCAGGAUAAGCCAGGUGGAGUAAUGCUUGAGCCUGGUUUCGUUGAGGGGCUGCGCUGGCUGGGGAAGAAAGGGUUAGCAUUUGAUUUGGGUGUUGAUGCGCGACAGGGCGGACUUCAUCAAUUACGUGAAGCCGUGGAGAUGAUGAACAGGGUAUACCGUGGAAUGGAGGCAAAUGAUAAACAAGCAGUGACCAUUGUGAUCAACCAUCUCUGCAAACCUAAUCUACGGAUCUCUGUCGAGUCAACACUGACGCACGUGGAUUUCCUCGAAUGGAAAGACAUGAUCACUCAGAUGGCACGCGCAAGCAAUAAAACGUAUAUGAAGCUUUCGGGUGCAUUCUCCGAGCUUUCCGCCUUAAACCCAGACUCAACCCGAGACAUACAAUCGUCGAUUGAUACUCUUAAGCCCUGGACAGAUGUAAUAUUUGAUGCAUUCGGUAUUAAUCGCGUCAUGUUUGGCUCAGACUGGCCGGUAUGCAAUAUUGGUGGCGGGGGCAACGAAAUCUCAUGGAACAAAUGGACUCAAGUGGUUGAAGGCAUUUUGGAUCAAAGAAACUUGACAGAAGAUGAGCAAAGAGGUAUUUGGGGACAAGUAGCACUUCAAGCCUAUGGUAUCGAUUCUAUUUAG